AUGAAUUUUCUACUUCGAACUACACAUGCUGCAACCAUUGAUCACCCCUCUGUUCCUGAACACACUUCACACCAGAAUUCUGUGUCAAAACAAGCAACAACUUUGGAGGGCCUCAUUUCUGAAGAUCCCAUUCCAGAUUCCCCUCCGAGUGUAGAUGGUGGUAGAGAAAGUGGAGUUUCACAUGGAAGCACUGGAGAUGAAGGGCAAAGUGCAAAGCAUCAACUUCCUAUUGUUGAGAAUCAUUCUGAUGUUACAGAAGACGAAGGAUGGAUUAUUAUUACUGUUCCAUAUAAGGAACUUCCUGAUGAUUGGAAUGAUGCACCAGAUAUACUCACACUUCGCGCCUUGGACCGCUCCUUUGUUUUUCCCGGUGAACAGGUUCACAUUUUGGCAUGUCUGUCAACUUCUAAUCAAGAUAAGGAGUUUAUAACUCCAUUCAAGGUUGCUGCAAUGAUGAAUAAAAAUGGCUUACAAAAGACUAAGCAGCAAAACGCUAGUAUGGAAACUGAAUCCAGUUCCAUUACUGAAGGAGGGGAAAUAAGUCCUGCUAGUCAGAAGGUAGAGCAUAAUAGUGACACCCCAUUAACUACGGAGAAGAUUGAUCCAAGUGGGGAUAUUUCUGCAAGCGAAUCUCUUCUCAGAAUAGAAAGUCAUAGAAGACGGACCCAGGCACUUUUGGAAAGAUUUAAACAUUCCCAUUUUUUUGUUAGAAUAGCGGAAUCAGAUGAGCCGCUUUGGUCAAGAAGAAGUGUAUCAGGAGGGCCAUCUUCAGAAUCAUCUGAGAUGGCUAGGGAAAAAUUGACUACAAUUAAUGGAGGGAACAGAAAAUUUUCAAGGAAGGGUACUCAACUCAAUGCAGUUAUUGAUAGAGGAAACUUUGAUGCAAGCGUAUCUGGUGGAGUAGCUAGAAAUACUGUCAAGUGCUGCGCCCUUUCUAAUGGGGAUAUAGUGGUGCUUUUAGGAGUCAAUGUUGGAGUUAAUUUUUCAAAAGAUCCCAUACUUGAUGUGCUUCAAUUUGAGAAAUAUCAGGAAAGAAGUUUAGCUUCUGGGAAGGUCAACAACUUUAUGUAUGCAAAUCAGGAUGAUCCAUGUGGGGAACUUCUCAAAUGGUUGCUUCCUCUGGAUCGCAGUCUUUCUCCUCCAGCUCGUCUGCUAUCUCCUGCUUCUUUGAAUGCAAGUUCAACAUCUCAGAAGUCCACAUUUCCUGGUUCAUCUGGUUCCCAACUCUUCUCGUUUGGUAACUUGAGAAGUUACUCAAUGUCUUCUCUUCCUCCAAAUACUUCACCACCCCUUCCUGAAGUUACAACCUCCAAUUCUAAACCAAACUUUGAGCUGGAAGACUGGGAUCGUUUUCUGCCUCAGAAGUCUCUGAAGAGUCAAGAAACUGGAAGUGAAGAGCGUUUAUCCUUUAGAGGUGUAUCGCUUGAACCAGAAAGAUUUUCUGUUCAUUGUGGACUGGAAGGCAUCUACAUACCAGGAAGGAGGUGGAGAAGAAAACUUGAAAUUAUUCAACCAGUAGAAAUCCAUUCUUUCACUGUUGACUGUAAUACAGAGGAUCUCCUCUGUGUUCAGAUAAAGAAUAUUUGUCCUGCAAAUACACCAGAUAUUGUGAUAUUUGUGGAUGCUAUAUCAAUUGUUUUUGAGGAGGCUCCAAAAAGUGAACCGCCUCAUUCAUUACCAAUUGCAUGCAUUGAAGCUGGAAAUGACUACAGCUUGCCAAAUAUUGCCCUCAGGAAAGGUGAAGAAUACUCUUUUAUUCUCAAACCAGUAAACUCAGUGUGGUCAAAUCUUAAGGGUUAUGGUGAAAAAAAUUCUCAACUAUCACAUUUACAGGCUGGAAGGACAGCACCAAGUAUUCAUCUGCCCUCGAGGCUUGGUGAAGGAAAGAGGGUUUCUUUAACUGCUGAUAAGUAUGCAGUUUUAGUAUCAUGUAGAUGCAACUACACUGAGUCGAGGCUAUUUUUCAAGAAGCCUACAAGUUGGAAACCUCGUGUUGCAAAGGAUCUCAUGAUUUCUGUUGCUUCUGAAAUGUCACAACAAACUUCUGGGUCCAAUGGAAGAACUUCUGAGCUUCCAGUUCAGGUUUUAACUCUUCAGGCCUCAAAUUUAACAUCAGAGGAUCUAACCCUAACAGUUCUUGCUCCAGCAUCGUUUACUUCACCCCCUACAGUGGUCUCUCUGAAUUCUGUACCAUCAACACCAAUGAGUCCAUUUGUUGGUUUUUCUGAGUUUGCAGGAAGAGUGAGUGGUGAGGGACGUGGUACUGGUGUGCACAGGUUAAGUUCUAGUUCUUUUUCUAGUUCUAUUCCCGAUAAUCAAAAGGAGAAUUCUAGUGGUGGAGGAAUGUCUGUUCCUUCUCAUGAGGAGACUGCUUCUGUAUCUGAUGUCAUUCCAAGUAAUGGAUUGGGUUGCACACAUCUUUGGCUUCAGAGUACACUUCCUCUUGGAUGUGUUCCUGCUCAGUCCACUGCUACUGUCAAGCUUGAAUUACUCCCCUUGACAGAUGGGAUUAUUACACUCGAUACACUACAAGUUCAUGUUAGAGAGAAAGGUCGGACCUAUAUCCCAGAGCACUCCCUGAAGAUCAAUGCCACUACCAGUAUCAGAACAGGGAUCAUUUGAUAUUUCGAUAUGGCAUUUACCCCUUCUGAAUAUUCUAGUCUGAUCAUCCAAAGUUUCAUCAGAUUAUCAGGCAGUUAAUGGCUGUUAGCUUGUCUGGAUGGCCAUCACCAAGACAGUAUAAUUUGUUCAGUUUAUUCUCAAGGAGUAUUGCAGUGGGGAACUUGCAUUGUUAAAUUAAUUCUUUCCCAAGGUGUCACCUGAGCUAUUAAUGGGCGCAGUUUAUGGGUCCCAUGUUCACUCCUUGAAUUUCACAUUGUGAACGUUCAUCUGGGAAUGUCAGUUUUCCCAAUUCCCUUGCGCAGGGAAAGAGAAUAGAUUAUCAGAAUACAUACCACCACGUAGAAGAACAAAAUUGUGUGAAUGUAAGUCUUUUUUUUUUUUUAUUAUUAUUAUCAAAUAAAAGCAGGUAAUUCUUGAUUUUAA